GGUGUAAUGAAGCAGCCCCUGUGACAUCACUCCAGUGCUUAUAUACUGGGGGAAUGGAGCCCAUCAGUCCUCAGAACAAGCCGAGAGAACGCAGAGCGACAGGCUGGAUAAGAAACCAAGACCAGGGACCACUUUCUCUCCCAACUCCCAUCUCCAUCUCUCUUUCUCUUUCCCUCACUCUUUCUCUGUCUCCAUCAUCCUACUUCACUCUCUCCACUCUUUCUCUCCCUUCUUGACCUUUAGCCUUAUGGACUCGGGCCUAGCCUAAACUUGUAAGGUCUGCAGGAUUGUUAGCAAGAUGCAGGUGACCAAGAUGCAGUUAACCAGUGUGGUGCUCCUCUGUUUGAUCUGCAGCGGAUUCAGCUCAGAUGUUGAUGAAGCAAAGGAUGCCAUGGAGGAGGAGAUGCUGAGCAGUCUCUACACCUCAGAGGUAAAGCAGAGCAGACACAGCGCCCCCCUGUGGCAGCUGCCUCUGCAGAACAUGUGCAGGAUGCUGGGGAGCAUCAGUGAGUCCUGGCAGGACUGGACCGCUGAGGAGAUUCAAACGGCCUACGAGCAGAGACUGAGCACGGCCCUCAGCCAGACCCUGCAGGACCUGUACAACCUCCAGUCCCUCUGCAGAAUACUGCACCCUCGAGAGCUUCACUAUGGAGAAGAAUACUUGGAACUGGAUCAGGACAGCGAGAACCCGCUGAAAAGAAAAUCUCCGUACAUUCUAAAGAGGCAGCUGCACACCAACAAAGCCAGGAGACCGUACAUUCUGAAGCGAAGCUCAUUUUACUGACCCGUAUAUCCACUAAUAAAAUAAAAGACAGUUUACACUCUGAGAAUACAGUAUGUGGCUAUUUUCACUAAGACCAUCAGUAAUAGAGCAUUUCUGUUCUACAUUUUUUGCUUUUGCUUUAGCACUUUGUCCCUCCAAAUACCUGCCCCAUGCUAUCUUUUGUUAAGGGACAGUCUAUGUAAAUAAAAUCAGCAAGCAAAUACUGUAUACUGUUUCUUUGAAAGAUUAUUAUUUUUGUUCAAUGUAUAUUUCUUUUUAUUCUGAUGUAAUUAAAUGACACGUCUUUCAACUAUUCAA